CUGCACGACGACCUCGAAACGCAAACGUCAGAAGCGCAGGAGAAGACUACGAAAGAAUGUCUUCCUCUGUUACGCGGAGAGGAGUCUCUGGGCUUGCCUCUCAAUAGCUAUGGCAUACCGCGCCUCAAUCGAGAAAAGCAUGCUUCGUUCCUGGACCAGUUCACCGGUGAGCUACCCGCGCCCUUUGCAGCCAUGGAUGCCAGCAGACCUUGGAUGUUCUAUUGGACGAUGGGCGGACUAUCAUUCUUGGGUAAAGACGUCACUUCACGGAAGCAAGAUCUCAUGGAGACUGUGCGACCGCUACAGAAUCAAAGCGGCGGCUUUGGUGGUGGGCAUGGCCAGUACAGUCAUGCCGCAGGGACUUAUGCUACACUGCUCGCGCUUGCGACGGUGGGAGGUCUUGAGGUUGUGGAUCGAAAAGCAAUGUGGCAUUUCUUGGGACAAGUUAAGCAAGCAGAUGGAGGCUUCCGAAUGGCGCUUGGUGCGGAGGAAGACAUAAGAGGGGCUUACUGCGCCAUGACUGCCAUCACUCUGUUGAAUCUGCCACUGGAAUUACCACCCGACGCGCCGGCGAGAGAAGCAGGCCUUACCACAUUCUUCGAUGGACUUGGCGAGUGGGUUGGAAAGUGUCAGACGUAUGAAGGAGGCAUUGCUGGCGCACCGACGAACGAGGCGCAUGGUGCAUAUGCUUUCUGCGCGCUCGCCUGCUUGAGCAUCAUUGAUUCUCCCCACAGAAGCAUCCCAAAGUACCUUAAUGUGGAUUCCUUGCUCCGGUGGCUUACAGGCAUUCAGACACACCCCGAAGGUGGAUUCGCUGGUCGCACAAACAAGCUCGUGGAUGCUUGCUACAGCCAUUGGGUAGGCGGCUGCUGGGCUUUGAUAGAGCAGGCGAUAGCGGGAUCAAAUGGCCAGACGCCCAAUCUCUGGAGCAGAGAAGCAUUGAUCCGAUAUCUGCUUUGCUGUGGACAGCAGCAAGGCAAGAAGGGCGGUAUGCGCGACAAGCCCUCGACGAGACCUGAUGCGUACCACACGCUGUACUCAUUGGCUGGCCUGAGCGCAGCCAUGAAUCACUACCAUUAUGACUCGACUGCUCCUACGAAAGACGAGAGCGGGAGGUUGACCGCUGGCUUCAAUUGGACUGCUGAGCUGCCAUCGAAGGAGGAAAUGCAGGCGUGGAAGGUCGAUGAGCAGGAUCUGGUUGUGCCAGUGCAUCCGGUGUUUGUCAUGACGAUGGAAGUUGUGGAGAAGACGAGGCUGCAGUUCCAGAAAGCUGGAUUUUGA